AAUGUAUGGACGACGUUAUGUUUGGGACCGUUCUAAGCCAAUAAAUCAUUUGGAAUGGGCACCACCAAUGCGAGUUAUAGCAGCAAUUACUUUAUUUGCAGCUACAUUAGAUCUAAUGGCAGAUUUUUUAUUAUGUAGUAGAUUAGCUGAAUUUCUCCACAAUUUUCAAUCAGAAAGAGCACGUUUAUGUGCUUAUGGUUAUUUUUUCUUUACCGGAGUUUCUGUACUUGUUUAUAUUUUUGAAAUUGUUGAUGUUUGUUUAACUCUAAAAAAUGAAGAAGAAGAUUUAUAUUUUGCAAGAUUGGCUAAAUCUAUGGUUCUUGUAUUUGAAGAAGUGCCAUUACCAGCAUUUCUUUAUUUUUUGUUUACGGCCGAGCCGCGUCUUUCAAUUGCUGACCCAAUGUAUAUAGCUUCUUGGAUUAAACUAAUUACUCUUGGAUGGGGAAUUGUUAAAUUUACAAAAUUACGUUUCUUUUGGCCUUUAUUACCUUUUAAUCCAAAACACGACAGGGAUGAAAACAUUCGUCGUUGUUUUAAAUUAAAUUUGUAUAGAUGUACAAUGAUUGUUGUGAAUAUUUGCCAUUUAUUUGCUAUAUUCAUUGUUAUUAACAAUUUAAUUGUUUCGGGAAGAGGGGGACGACCAAUUCAACAAAAAUAUAAUUAA